AUGAUAUUCAACAAGAGCUUUGUAAAGAAGAAGAAGGUCAGGGUUAAGGAAAAAUCCAAUGCAGAAAAGCCAGGAUGGAAGAAAAAAAUGGUAUCGUUAUGGAUUCAGGAAAUUCGAGGCGUUUAUCUAUGGCUCUGUAUGGCCUUUGCUGCCCGAGUAUUGAUCCGUUUUCUAUACGAUCUUGCUGCGUAUAGAGAUAAUAAUACAAUGCCGGAAUAUUUCUGGCACUAUACCGCAGGAAGCAGCCGGGAGAUGACAGGAAUCAAACUAGAACUGCUGAAAAUCUCAUCCAUCGUCUCAAGUUGGGCCUUGUCGUUAAUGCCCUCCAAAGUUCUGACACUCCAAGCUCCCGGGUUUAUUUUUGCAAACCCCAUAUUAUUGUUGUGGAUUCGGGACAAGACCCAAAUGAUCCCAAACAUACCUACUAGGGCUAGUGACUAUGUUCUGGGAAGGAUACGACUUUGGGAGUUCUUGUCACUGCUCCCAGUCCAUGUCCUCGUUACAUUUUUGCUGAGCAUGUCUCUACGGCGGGUGCUUGCAAACGACAUGAUAGAAAUUGCACUUGGGACCAUUCAAUAUGCAGAGGGAGGGAACCCAUGGAUUGUGGACUUUUUUAGUGAGAUGUUAAUCACAGCGGCGUACACUGUCGCACUUCAAGUCCUGCCAGUUUUGUUUCAACUCAAUCGAGUGCCUAGAUGGUGUGUGGUUUGGCUCUUCUUCCCCAUCUUUAAUUUUUCUGUAGACUCGAAGGGAAUGGGCAGCGCCUUUUGCCCAAAUAUCCUCUUGACGUUUGGAUUGAUGGGUUAUGGCGCACCGGAAAUGAGAAUAAUGAGUUCCAUGCUAGGGGGAAUGAUUGGAGGGAAAAUCAUGCAAACUUACUUUCCAGAUGACAAACCAGUGAGCGCGGAUUUAGCAGUAUUCUAA